GGCCAGUCAGUCGCCCGCCGGCCUCUGAGAGACACACAGCUCGUGCGAGUGCGUGAGUGCGUGCGUGCGUGUACAGUGCGUGCGUGCGAGUGUGCGUGAGAUGUGAGGCCAUGUGGCUCAGCCUGUGCUGCGGGUGCCAGAGCGCAGUGAGGACUACUUCAGUGAUUGGUGACCAGCGACCGCGGAGGCAGUGCAGAAUAGCAGCCGCGGUGGGGCUGGCGGUGCUGCUCGCAUGCUCGCUGGCCUCCCGGCCCACCCAGGCCCAGGCGUCCUCGUCGUCGCGGAGCUCGGCGCCGCGGGGGCCGCCCUGGCUGCCGCGGAACACCGCCCGCCACGCGCGCCACGCGGCCAGCAAGGUGCCGGCCCGGCAGCCGGCGCGCCAGCCCUGGCAGAACCCGUGCGGCACCUCGGUCGCCGUGGCACCCAUGACCACGCCGACGCGCAACCCACGGCCGCACCGGCCCAUCAAGAACGCGCACGACUUCGACUGGCCCUCCCCCUCCAUGGAGGGCGGCGCGCUUGGCGGUGGGCUCAAGGGCUGGAGCCUGCGGACAGUGAGGAGCGGCAUCCGAGUGGCGCGGGCGCACCUGAGGCACCGUCGCAGGAACAUCAACCAGGUGUACGGCCAGGUCAAGAUGAUCCGCGACCAGUACUCGUACGACUGGCUGCCACAGCAGCAGGUGCCCUGGUACCGGGCCGAGGUCACGUGCCUGGACAGGGACUCGCAGGCCGCCCAGGUGCUGCCCGCGCUGCGCUCCGCCCUGCAAAACUUCUCGGCCACCUUCAUGGAGCUGCAGAAGGCGAGGAACCCCGCCGACAAGCCCGGCCUGGGCAACCGAACGCUCAUCAUGCACGAGCUGGCCAGCCACGUCAAAGGGAUGCUGUGCGAGGUGGAGACGACCAUGCAGGAGCGCGGGCUGCCGCUGCCGCCCGCGGGGCUUCCGGCGGACGGGCUGGCGGGCGUGGACGCGAGCCGCUGGGACCCGGAGCCGGACCUGACGCGCGCGCUCAUCCAGGACUGGGGUGUCGUGUCCGCGUACACUGACGCCCUGUACGGCUGGGCGCUCAUCCUGCGCGAGCUGGGCCACGCGCCCAAGGUGCGGCGCGGGGAGGGCCAGGCCGGCCCGGGCCCCGGCGGCAGGGGCUGCCCUUCCGAGCCACACCGCCUGCACGGCGGUCACGGCGGCGGCCGCCAGCGCAACCAGCUGCGCCGCAAGCAGCGCGGCCACCCUGGCGGCGAGGUCCAGGGCGCCCACGGCGUCCAGGGCCGCGGCCAGGGCAAGGGCAGAGCCCGCGGAGCGGCCCGGGGCGGCGCGGACAAGCAGGAGGCGCGGAGGAAGCGACGUCGCCGCCGCCGGAAACAGCGCGAGCGACAGCGCAUGCGGCGCCGGCUCAUGGAGGAGAUGGCCAGGCAGAACGGCGGCCGGCCCUGGAGGCCCGCGAAGUGGCACGACCAGCCCCACAGCGGCCCUAGGAACUUCUCAUAGACCGCGGUAUGGCCGGGGCGACGACUGGGCUUCGAAGUGCUUUUCCAAUGAAAGGCCUCCCCGAGGCAAACACGGUGUAGUUAGUUUCUUUCCGAGGUGUACGCGCAAGCGUACGUCGAGCGAGGAGGGCGCGACGUGCAUCCAUGCAGAGAGUGCGACACCAGGCUCUCCGCGUCUGACUGGUGUUCUCGCGAAGAUGAACGUACGAUCUGAAUCGUACUUUAAGACAUUUGCACUAGUCUGACGCCCUGUCAUCCAAUUUUCAUUUGCAGGGCGCUAUGAUGGCAUAUGGGCUUGUACAUUGUUCCUUACUAUUAUUUUAUACAUCGACUGUAAAGACGUUAUUUAUUUCUAUUUAUACAUCAUACUCGAAAGAUCACGCUGUUCUGUACAGCUGUGUGUUUUGAGAAUGACUUUUAAUUUUAUAAAUGUGUAUAUAACAAGGUCGGAUAUUUGUAUACGAAGACUUGCAUCCGAAAGUUCGAUUUGUAUAUAGCGUUGUAAUUUAUUGAUUUUUGUAUGAAAUGUAUUGUAUAUUUAUUUAUUUUUCAAUAUUUUUAAUUUGUUACAAAACUUAAUCUAUUCAAAAAUUUAUUGUCUAAAUUUUAAUACGUCCCCCUCUACUUAUUGUGGACUUUGUUUAUUGAAUAUUUUUAAGUUUAGAUUUAAAUCAGGUCCAAACUGUGAUUUGAGGCGAGAAUGUCGGCCAAGGGGAAUUUUGUACGGAAGCGUUUCUGCUCGGGCCACAUUUGUGCGAAUUCUUUCUGUGAUAACUCGUUUUAGAGUAAGACUAAGCCUCGGCUGAAUGUACUUACAGUAUUACUGACUGUUUACUUAUAGGUAAGCCAGCGUGCUAAUGCAGUUUCUCUGCCGUUCAUAGAUUACUUAUAUCAAGACUUCUUUGUAUCUAUACAUUCCUAAGGAUGUAGAUCUAGAACGAAAAUGAUGUGGCCUAAGACAACGGCUGAGGAGGCUAUCAAAAAUUGAGCAUCAGUUAAGUACUCGCGUGCGUCAGUUUAUGUUUUCUUAGUGGCGUUUCUGGGCAAAACUAACGUGCAAGUUGGGCCAAACCAAAAAUAUGUGGAUGGUAUAAAGUGCGGGGAUAAUGUUCUAUUAAAAUAUUCGUAGUUCAGAGCCAUAAAUGUUUCGGUGUGCUCCUUCUGGCCCCGUGCGAGUCGGCAACCCGCCCGCACGAGUGGGUGCAGUAUAAUUAAGAAAGUGCGCGUGAAUCAGCCACCAGUUAGUUGGCCCAAUUUGCUAGUUGGUUACGCUGAAAAGGCAUAUUAAAAAACCUGACGCGCGUAACGUACGUGCGUACGCAAAUCAAGCUAUAUUUCGAUAGUCCCAGGCUGUUUGCCAGUUCUGUACUAUUGUUUCACGAAACGUGCAUGGAUCUCAUCCUCCUGGACUCUUUUCCUGUAUAACUAGUUUUAUAUUGUACAUUCUGUUUGUUUUUAUUAUGAAUAUGAGUUGACAAAUGAAAAUGAUCUUUUCUCUACGUAAGUGCAAACAAUAUUAGACUAGCGUGAUGUAUUUUGUACCUGUUUAUAUUAUACUUGGACCAAAUUUGGUGUUAAUGUGUCUAAUUGGCACCAAAGUCCUGCCACACAUGUCAACCUAAUGGCAGUGGACUAAUAUAUUAGCUAAUAAGUUAUUGACUUUAUCACUAUUCAGUAUGCUCAAUGAAUCUAAGAUAGCGUUUCUCUCAAACAUAUUUGAAAAAGAAAACUCAUCGGGUAAUCCGAAACACACAUGACAAAUUUACUGAAUAAAAGAAACUCAUUUCCUUUA